CCUUCUGCUUCUCUUUCCAAAUGCAUUCAUUAACCAUUUCGCUCACGUAUUUCCACACUAUCUAUUAUAUCGUUUAUCCUCUCUCAUAGCGCUCUUGUGCUACUGUGCUCUGUUAAUUGUGUAUCUUUGCUCGCCCGCUCGCCCAGACUGCUUGACGCACCGCCGCGACUUUUGCACCGGCAUCAACACACCCAGACCCAGGCCCAGACCCAGACCAUCGACUGCGCCAGUUGCUAGCCAGCCCAGCCCAGACUACAUUACGCCGGGCCGCGCACAAACACACAUUCUCGGCGCCAACAAUGAACACUCAGUCGGACGCAGCCCUCGAUAACGAGCUGCUGUACAAACUCAAGGCCGUGCUCGAGCGGUCGAUCGCAGAUCUGAACAGCGCCGGGGGCGCGGACAUUCAGCUGGAGCACUUUGUUGAUGCAUUUGACACACAGAGCCACACGAUCCACCGGCUGAUGUCGGCAGUGGUCAAGGAGACGCUGGCGCCGCGGCGGCCGUCGGAGUCCAUGUCCCCAUCGGCCAGCCUGCGCGGCACGUCGCUGUACGGCAGCUUCCGCGGCGGCAACUCACCAGCCGUCGACGGCAGUGGGUCGUGGAUGGGUGCAGUCAGGCGCGACCGCAUUCCAUCGGCGAAUGUCGACCUGGACCAUGUGCGCAAUCUGAUGGAGGCGAUUGAGAUUGUGUCGCCGCACAUAGUCGGCUCCGAUGUGGCCGACUGCGGGUCGCCAAUCCCCGAGAUGCGCGGCGGCUGGUCGCUGCCGGGCCAGGCAGGCAGCAGCCUGUCUGAGCAGCACACGCUGGCGGCAGCCUUUGCGGCGCCGGCCACCGACAUCAACCCGCAUGCGAUGCGGCAUCGGCGCACGUCGGCGCAGCCAAUGCACUCUGCUGGAAUUCCAAUCCGGCCGGCGCGCUCGAGGGGCCGCGGCGCGCACAUCGACCCGGUUGAGUUUGCCGAGUACGCUGUUGCGCAUAUGCGGCCCAGUGCGCGGUUCACGCCAAUGGGCCCCGGCUUCCCGAUCGGCUCGGCAGCUGCCAGCGAGCCGCGUGCGUCGCUGCCGCGCUCGUUCCGUGGAACCCACGCUAUGCACUUGCCCAGGCAAGACGCGCUGGACGACAUGCGCCGGGCACCGGGGAUUGCACAGGACCAGGCCCACUACCAUCACCUGCGCAACCAGGGCCAGCCGAUACUAUCUCAGCAGCAAAGUCUGCGGAAUCAGGGCGGCGCCAUCUCGGCCGCAGAGAACGCGUCGACAGGCAACAGCGGUCGCUCGUCGGAAAGCCCUGGCAUGGCCUGAUACCAGUCCAUUGAUCGGCAGCGGCGUGGCACUGGCUCCAUCGCCAUCGCUAUCACCAUUUGGCUUGCAAACACUUUAUAUUUUUAU